AUGGCCAGUAAUCUGAUAAAGAAUCCAAGUGGUGAAGAGAAACUGGAUUUCUGGGAGCUGACGGAGAAUGGUGGGAGUGAAUGGAUAGUAGAGGACAUGCCGGGAGACUGUGGUCAUGACUUUAGUGAUACAGCCGUGAUGAAAUACUUUGCAACCUCCUUUGAGCUGUGUCUGAAGAGACAGGUGAUUGACUUAAUCGAGGAAGGUUUCACUUGUGAACAGCUGGACAUCCAACCUGUCGUGUCAGUGGAAGACUGGUACUGUGGGAGGCAGGACUGCGGCUGCACUUACCAAAUAACAGUGUGUCUGCUCGAUGAGAAUCAUGAGGUGAUGCAGGAGUUCAGACCUGAGCCCGUGACUCUAGACCCGGAAUGUGACGACUGUUCAUGGAAACAGGUCAGCCACAAAUUUUCUGAGUACGGACCUGGACUGCGUUUUAUCUCUUUUGAACAUGGAGGGCAAGACACAAAGUAUUGGGAGGGGUGGUUUGGUGUGCGGGUUACUGGGAGCUCUGUUACUAUUCAUGUCUAA